AGUGUGUGUAAUGUUUUCUUUAUUGAUUUAAUGUAUCUUUUACGCAUUAUUUAAAAAAAAAAAUUACCAUUGUGCACUUCUUCUCUAUAUUCUCUAUAAGUGUGGAUAAUUUCAUACUCCGUCCGCGCAAUUUUCGCAAAAAGGGAUACAAAGUUUUUGCUUCACGUAUUAAUAUAUAGAUUCACCAUAUUAACCCUAGAUAGUUAAACUUGAGUAUUUAAAUGUUAAAAAAAGAAUAACAUUAUGAUUUUGACUAAAGAAAUUUUACAGGUAAAUGUCAACGAUGGCCUACCACAUUACUUCUGUUAUGAAUGUGUGAUGAUUUUAUAUAAAUUCCAUAAAUUUAAAGAAAAAUGUUACAACGGACAAAAAGUAUUAAGAGAGCUUCUUUGGAAAGGCGGGAUAACUUAUGAAUCGGUAUACAAGAUCGAUAGGCAAAGCAAAUAUCUAAAUUCCAAUUUAAGUGUAUCAUCUAAUGAGAGUAACAAUAAAACAUUCAUAAUUAGAAUACAUGAAGAUUCAUUCUCACAUGAAGAAAUUAAAAAACAAAAUGGAGGCUCACCUAGAUUAUUUUUAAGGCAACAAGAAAUAAUCAAUCAUGAAGCUUUUAAUUCAGAAGCAUUGGAACAUUAUGAAAACACUGAACCAAAUAGUCGUAUAGCUUCAUUUGUGAGAAUAAAAGAAGAAAAAGUAAACUCGAAAAGUGACGAAACAGAUGUAGAAAAUGAUGAUAACCAAAAAAUCAAGAAUAGAACAGUAGUUGAUCUUGGUAAUUGGAGAAAAUAUGAUUUAACAGAAGCAGAAGCUUUGAAAGAAUUCAGGAAGAGAGCUGAUGAUAUGAAAUAUUUGCAAGCAGAGUUCAAAUGUACGGAUUGUUUUAGAGGAUUCUCUAAGAAGAGUAUGUUGGAAGGCCAUAGAACAAGAAGACACCAAGAGACACCAGGUCUAUUAGAAUGCCGUUUCUGUCGGAUCCGUUACAAGUGGAAAUGUGACUUGAGGAAGCAUAUGAGACAGCACUACACCAAAUACGAGUGUCUGAGGUGUGACCUCGUGUGCGCGCAAGAGAGCACGAUGCUGUAUCACGAAGAAUACCAUAGUGGCGUGACAAGGAAAUGCGUACGCUGCGACUUGGAGUUCAGACACGCGUCUACGUACUACUCGCACAUGCGCACGCACCGCAGCGCGCACGUGUGCGUGUCGUGCGGCGCCUCGUACGUGAGCCGCGCCGGCCUGCAGCAGCACAGGAAGCUCAAGCACGUGCACGACGACGCGGACAGCCUCGCCGACGAGGACCGGGUCGCUUCGUACUGCGAAACGUGCGAUGUCACGUUCGAAUCCCGGCGGGCUUACGACGAACAUCUAUUUCACUCAGCCAAGCAUUGUGACGACCAGUUGCAAGAGAAAAACGAAGCCAUCGCUGUGUCAAGAAAGACUCUAAGCAAAUCGUAUAAGGCUAAAAUGAUCCCGAUUCUAAAAAGACGCAAAGAAACUGAAGAUAUCUUUCUACCGAACGUUAGAAGGAAGAGGAAGAAGAAUUUGAAGAGGACUCACAGAAAACCUACAACUUGUUAUCAGUGCGGGGAGCAUUUCGACACGCAGGCCGCGUGUCUGCGGCACCACCUCGCCCAGCAUCCUCGCACGUCCUUCUUCUCGCCCACCGAGAGGCACAUAUGCGAGAUAUGCGGAGCUUCUCUGGCUCCGGGCAGCGUGGCCAUGCACGUGAAUCUGCACACGCGUCAACACGUGCACACGUGCGGCACGUGCGGCAAACAGUUCCACAUGCUGAACGGACUCAAGAGACAUCUGGUGACUCACACGGGCGAGAAGAAGUUCUCGUGCCCGCUGUGCGAUAAACGGUUCACGCAGAGCAACAGCAUGAAGCUGCACUACAAGACCUUUCAUCUCAAGCAGCCAUAUCCGAAAAGGAACAGAAGAAAGAAUAAGGAGGAACACGCGACAGAGAAUAUUGAAGAGUCGUCCAACGACUUAGACUCUGACAGUCUCCCCGAGCCGGGAGAGGUGCAUCCGCCCGGGAUCCAAACUGUGCACGGCGCGCCGCCGGUCCACGACGAGCCCAUGGACUACAUGCGACUAUAGAUGUACCUGAUCUGUCUUAUUAGUUAAUUUUAAAAUCUCCCUGGCUUAGUUUAGUGUGUGCCGAGUCGUUGCACAAUAAACAGGUUGCAAAA